AUGAAGAAGUUUGGCAACAUCUACCUCAUCGCAGCUAUCUCCGUCAUUGGAGGUGGUCUGUUCGGUUUCGACAUCUCGUCGAUGAGUGCGAUCAUCGCCGGAAAGGGCUACCUCUGCUACUUCCACCAAGGUCCAGGCGAGUGCUUGGGACCCCAUGCCAGCACUCAAGGUGGUAUCACCGCCAGUAUGGCGGCCGGCUCCUGGCUCGCUUCACUCUUGUCUGGUUUUCUCUCCGACCGCCUUGGUCGCAAGCGCGCCAUCAUGAUCGGUUCCAUGAUCUGGGUCAUCGGCUGCAUCAUCGUCUCCGCCGCGCAGAACAUUCCCAUGCUAAUCAUCGGUCGCAUCAUCAACGGAUUCUGUGUCGGAAUCUGCUCCGCUCAAGUUCCAGUGUACAUCUCCGAGAUUGCACCUCCCUCAAAGCGAGGUCGUCUGGUCGGGGCGCAACAAUGGGCCAUCACCUGGGGUAUCCUGAUCAUGUUUUACAUCUCCUAUGGCUGCUCUUUCAUGGAUGGUCCGGCCGCCUUCCGCGUGCCAUGGGCUCUUCAAAUGAUUCCUGCGAUCAUCCUCUUCUUCGGCAUGAUGUUCCUCCCCGAGACGCCACGCUGGCUCGCGACCAAAGAUCGAUGGGAGGAGUGCGAGCAAGUCCUCAUCCUCACGCACGGCCACGGAGACCCGAACAGCCCAUUUGUAGCUCACGAGUUCAAGGAGAUCAAGGAAUGGGUCGAGAUCGAGCGUCAAGCCCAGGCGGCUAGCUUUCUCGAGCUCUUCUCUCCUCGAUACAUCAACCGGACGCACAUCGCUGCCUUCACGCAGAUCUGGUCGCAACUCACUGGGAUGAAUGUGAUGAUGUACUACAUCACGUACGUCUUCGCCAUGGCCGGCCUGACUGGCAACACCCUUCUGGUCUCCUCAUCGAUUCAAUACGUGAUCAACGUCGUCAUGACUCUUCCAGGUCUCUACCUCGUGGAUCGUAUCGGUCGCCGUCCACUUCUACUGGUAGGCUCGACCUUGAUGGCUACCUGGCUGUUCGCAAAUGCCGGUCUCUUGGCCAGCUACGGCACGGAUCCUGGUCCAAAGGGCGUCGGCGGCAUCAAGGAGGCUUCCGUCCAAGUCAGCGGUCCGCCGUCCAAGGCUGUCAUUGCUUGCAGCUAUCUUUUCGUCGCAUCGUAUGCGCCAACCUGGGGUCCGGUAUCGUGGAUCUACCCUCCAGAGCUCUUCCCGAAUCAUCUCCGUGGCAAAGCCACCGCGUUCGCUACUUCGGCCAACUGGGCUUUCAAUUUCGCUCUCGGCUACUUCGUCCCGCCAGCUUUCGUCUCCAUCAAAUGGAAGACCUACCUCGUCUUCGCCAUUUUCUGCGUCGCCAUGACUAUUCACGUGUUCUUCCUCUUUCCCGAGACCGGCGGUAAACCACUCGAAGACAUCACAGAGAUGUUUGAGGAUCCGAAUGGUAUUCCUUACAUCGGCACUCCGGCGUGGAAGACGAAGAACUUCACGGAGCGGGUCGAGGAUAUCGACUCGAAGAAGAUGCAAGUUUAA